AUGGCUACUGGACCUGUUUCAUCUAAUGUCUUUAAUUCUAUUACAACAUAUCUUAAAGAGAAUGAUAUUUCUUUUCGAUCUAUUCAACAUGAACCAACAUAUACAUCGGAACAAUCAGCACAAAUUCGUGGUGAGGAUCUGUCCAUUGGUGGCAAAGCAUUAGUUAUGAAAAUCGAUGAUAAAUUUCAUUUAUUUGUUCUUAGUGCUUCAAAAAAAUGUGAUUCGAAAAAAAUAAAAGAAUAUUUGAAAACAAAAAAAAUUCGAUUUGCUACUAAUGAAGAACUUAUGAAUCUUACUGGACUUGUACCUGGUAGUGUUCCUCCAUUCGGACAACCUAUUCUACCAUUUGAAUUACAUGUUGAUGAAUCAAUAGUGCAAAAUGAAAAAAUUGCAUUUAAUGCUGGUGAUUUGACUCAAUCAAUUAUUAUGCUCGUUAAAGACUAUUUGAAUGUAACAAAAGCACAUAUAUUCUUAUUUUCAUCUGAUUAA